AUGACUAGGUUUCGCAAUUUUGCCCCAACGGUCACCGGACCUUUUCCUGAGGACAUGAGGUUCUGCAAGUACGAAACGGUCAUGCUCGCGGCUGACGGUGUGGGCAUCCUGACCCUACUCCCAAUCAUGUUGGCUAUAACAUCCCGGAAGCGACACGACCUGGUGCAAAAGGAGCGACCAUUUGGAGAUAUAGUCCGAAAAGUGAAUUUGCUAUGGAAAGUCAACAACAAUGACUACAUUCCUCGCAUUUCCCCCUAUUUUCAGGAGAUUUGUCAAUGGGAGAAGAACAUCUAG